CUACGAAUUUGUUAAUGCAUCGAACCUUUUAUAAGCUGAUGCAAACCUAUUGAUUCGUCCAGUCGAGUAAUAAGGCUACAAGAUCAGAAUGCAGGGAAAAGUAGCUCUUUUAAUCGUGUUCGCCGUGCUAGGUGAUUCUUCAGCCGCCCCACAAAAAUCCGCCCCACUUGCAUUUCCCGGUCUUCACGAUGGAAGAAUCGUCGGAGGCAUUGAGGCGGAUCGUCACGAAUUUAAAUUCCUCGUCGACAUGCGCCGUGGUUCCCACUACUGCGCAGGAAGCAUAAUUACACCAGAAUGGGUCGUAACGGCAGCUCAUUGUUCUCAGAGUGCCCCCUCCGGAUACACCCUAGUCGCAGGAGAUCACAAUAUUAACCAGAUCGAUGGUGAAGAACAAACCAGACAAGUCGUUCAGAUCAUAAAUCACCCAAAUUAUAACAGACCUGGCUUCCUUCAAUAUGAGAAUGACAUCGCUUUAAUGAAGGUCUCCCCACCGUUCGAAUUUAACGAAUUUGUCCAACCCGUUGUCCUUCCAGAGUCUGGAUUCGUUCCGUCAUCUUUCGCCACGGUAACGGGAUGGGGUGCCACGUCUGAGGGUGGUGGUUCACCUGCCAGCUUGAUGAAGGUCGAGGUUCCCUACGUUAAUGACACCACGUGCAACAUUAAUUACAGCGGAGGUAUCGCCGACUCGAUGGUUUGUUAUGGAGAAGGUGGAAAGGACUCGUGUCAGGGAGAUUCUGGAGGCCCCCUUGUCUGUGGGGAUGAUCAGACUUUGUGCGGAGUCGUGUCUUGGGGACAAGGAUGCGCCCGCCCAGGCUUCCCGGGUGUUUACACAGAAGCGUCAUACUUCACGGAAUGGAUCCGAGGGUCCACUGUCCCCAUAGAUGAGGAUCCAACUCCGGUGGAAACCGUCACGACGUGCGGCGGACGGAUUGAGGCGUCCUCUGCCAACAUCAACUUCCAAGUGGGUGGAUCCAUUCGGGCUGAUCAGCGAUGCGUGUGGACGGUAAAGGCGCCAUAUGACUCGCUCCGGUUCCGACUGGCUUCUUCCGGUCUUUCCGAAGGAGAUGGUAUCUACCUGACGAACUUUGCAAAUUCUGUGCCGGGGUCACAGCAAAGAGUCUCUAGCAUUGGUCAAAACUACACCGUUUCCGCCGGCCUGGUCAUCGUUACUCUUGCCGUUGGGAACGCGCCCACCCGUGGAUUCAGUCUACAAUUCUUUUCCAGCGGGUUCGCCGACGCGACGCCCGACUUUUCUGGAUUUAUGCAGACGAGCGGAGAAACUGGGAACCACACGUAUCCAAAUCAUGGCGGUGAUUAUGCCAACGGCGAGAAUGCCCUGUUCAUCAUCGCUCCAGCCACGCCGAAACAGAGAUUCAUAUCUUUCAGAGAGUUUGACCUUGAGGGCGGGUCCGGAUGCAGUUACGACGCCGUUUGCGUGUACAACUGGUACAAUGGGACGUAUCUUCUUGUUACAAGAGCGUGUGGAACCACCUUGCCGCCAACCAUCACGUUGGAGGAGGGCGUAGGUCUCGUCACUUUUACGUCCGACUCUUCCAUAACAGGAAGAGGAUUUUCUUUCCAGUGGAUGUAAACUUAAUAAUGACUUGGUGAAAAUAUAAAUUGGGAAAGCUAGUAAAUAAAUAAAUUUUUGUAACGGUUUUGG